UUACAUUUUCGCUUUCACACAUAGGCCUAGGCCUACGAGCUCCAUCCAAAUCCAAUAAAAACAUCAGUGUCCAAUCCCUCUCUAAGUGAAAUAUGAACUCAAAAGAAACAGCCUGAAACACAGAAAUGUAUAGGCCUAGUUCAACACGUGUCAUAUUUGAAAUUCUUUUAGGGUGGUGUAGUUGAAAUGAAUCCUAGAAAACGUUCCCUCAAAACUGCCCCUUUAAGAGAAUUGCACAAAGUAUUGGAUAAUGUCUUUACCCUAUUUUGUUGAGUUUCUUGAGUUUAAUCCCGCCAUGGCUAUCACUCAAGCAGGAGAAACACGCCUCUUACAGAAGAAUGGAAUGACAACGUUAAAUGCCCGUCUAAAAAGACGAGGAAAAAACACUCCCCCGACUGCUCGUUUUCCCUUCACUUCCUUACUCCCUCGCUCUCUCUCUCCUUCCCUGCCCUUCUCUCGCUCCCCUGUCUUUCUCACUCGCUUCUUUCCAGAAAACAUGAAGGGAAAAGAAGAGACUCCGACGAGGACAAAAGUCAAGUGAAAGUUUCAGGAAGCCUUCGAAGGUGUGUUGAAGGAGGACAACUUUGAAGAGUGGAUGGACGAGAGGAAGGCGAAGACAUCGGCUCUGUAGUGUGAUCAACAGCUUGAACUAUAAACAGUGCAUGGAAUCAUAAAGUCCAAUCAACUUGCACUGCGUUGCGCCAUUGGACACUCGCCGCCCCUCGAACCGUGAACGUGUGACUUUGAUCUGGGUGAUUUUUGGCAAGGUUUUCCUCUCAGUCAUUACCUCUGGUUUAGACAGAGGACUUACGGCGUUUACCGAGCCCACAUUCUCCCCGAAAAAAAACCCUCCUUACAAGAAGUGGGUUGACGACCAGGGCAAGACGCCGUAGCCGGAGGAGAGGCGUUGCCACCCGCUGCUGGUGCAGACAUGGCUGGGGCGAAGCCGGGGGUUCACGCUUUGCAACUCAAACCGGUGUCCGUCCAUGAAACGCUAAAAUUGGGAAGCAAAUUCAUCAAAUGGGAUGAGGAAACCAACAACAGCCCGUCGUCGCUGGUCACCCUCAAGGUGGACCCUGAGGGAUUCUUUCUCCACUGGAGUGGCGGAGGAACACAGGAGGUGGAGGUCUUGGACAUCAGCCAUAUCAGGGACACCCGAACAGGGAAAUAUGCCAAGAUGCCAAAGAACCAGAACACCAAGGACGUGCUGGGCUUAGGCAAGGGCGAGGGCAACGCGGAGGCCAAGCUGGUGACAAUCGUCCACGGCAACGACCUGGUCAAUGUCUCCUUCCUCAACUUCCAGGCCAUGCAGGAGGACGUCGCCCGGGUCUGGACGGAGGAGCUGUUUAAACUGGCCACCAACAUUCUCUCCCAGAACUCCUCCAGGAGUACCUUCCUGUUAAAGGCAUAUACCCGACUAAAGCUGCAGGUGGCAACAGAUGGGAAAAUCCCAGUCAAGAACUUUCUGAAGAUGUUCUCGGAUAAGAAGCGUGUGGAGAGUGCACUAGAACAGUGCGGCCUCAUUGCCAACAAGGCGGAGGGCGUUAAGCCAGAUGAGUUUACCUUCGACAUGUUCCAGAACUUCCUCAACAGCCUAAGCCUGAGGCCUGAGAUCGAGCGCAUCUUUGUGCAAGCCGGUUCCAAGGGGAAGCCCUUCAUCUCCCUGGACCAGAUGCUGGACUUCCUGAACCGCCGGCAGCGCGACUCGCGCCUCAACGAGGUGCUGUACCCGCCCCUGAAGAGGGAGCAGGUGAGGCAGAUCAUGGAGAAGUACGAGGCCAAGACCAACCUCAGCCAGCUGGCCGACAGAGAUCAGGUGUCUCUGCUGGGCUUCAGCCGCUACCUGGAGGGGGAGGAGAACCUGGUGGUGCCGCCGGAGAGGCUGGACGUCAUCGACGACAUGAACCAGCCCCUCGCACACUACUUCUGUAACUCAUCACACAACACCUACCUCACAGUGGGCCAGCUGACGGGGCUGUCCUCGGUGGAGAUGUACCGGCAGGUGCUGCUGACGGGCUGCCGCUGCGUGGAGCUGGACUGCUGGAAGGGACGCCCCCCCGAUGAGGAGCCCUACAUCACCCACGGCUUCACCAUGACCACCGAGAUACCAUUCAAGGAAGUGAUCGAGGCGAUUGCAGAGAGCGCGUUCAAGACCUCCCCGUACCCUCUCAUCCUCUCCUUUGAAAACCAUGUUGACUCGGCAAAGCAACAGGCCAAGAUGGCAGAGUAUUGCCGCACUAUCUUCGGAGAUGCACUCCUCAUCGACCCACUGGACAAGUACCCGCUGGACCCAGGUCAGGUGCUGCCCUCGCCACAGGAGCUGAUGGGGAAGAUCCUGAUCAAGAACAAGAAGAAGCACCACCACCGCACCACCAACGGGGGCAGCGUGCGGCGCAGGAACACGGAUGGGGGAGGGGAGAUCUCUGACCAGGCCUCGCCUGUCAACGACUGUCCUUUGUCUGAUGGCGAAAGCAACCACAUUCUUUCCAAUGGCGAAGAGAAGUUGGCCGAGAAGAUGGUGAAAGAUGCCGAGCCCCGCAAGUCCAUUGAUCGCGUGGACAUGGACAGUGAGGAAGACGAGGAGGAAGAGCCGGUAGCAGAUCCCAAGAAGCCAAACUCGGACGAGGGUACGGCCAGCAGUGAGGUGAACGCCACGGAGGAGAUGUCCACUCUGGUCAACUACAUCGAGCCGGUCAAGUUCAAGACCUUUGCAGUAGCAACCAAGCGAAACAAGUACUAUGAGAUGUCCUCUUUUGUGGAGACCAAAGGCAUGGACACAUUGAAGAGUUCUCCUAUGGAGUUUGUGGAAUACAACAAGAAGCAGCUGAGUCGUAUCUAUCCCAAGGGCACGCGGGUGGACUCCAGCAACUACAUGCCCCACCUCUUCUGGAACGUGGGCUGCCAGAUGGUGGCGCUCAACUUCCAGACCCUCGACUUGCCCAUGCAGCUGAACAUGGGUGUGUUUGAGUAUAACGGCGGCAGUGGCUACCUGCUGAAGCCGGAGUUCAUGCGGCGCACCGAUAAGCAGUUCGACCCCUUCACAGAGAACAUCGUAGACGGCAUCGUGGCCAACACUGUCAAAAUCACUAUCCUGUCGGCCCAGUUCCUGACGGAGCGUAAGGUGGGGGUGUACGUGGAGGUGGACAUGUUCGGCCUGCCCUCCGACACCAAGAGGAAGUACCGCACGCGCACCUCCAACAACAACUCCCUAGACCCCGUCUGGACCGACGAGAGCUUCGUCUUUAACAAGGUGAUCCUGCCCAACCUGGCCUCGUUGCGUGUGGCCGUGUUUGAGGAGAAUGGGAAGUUCAUCGGUCACCGCAUCCUGCCGGUUCUGGCACUGCGCCCAGGUUAUCACUACAUCAGCCUGAAGAAUGAGCUGAACCAGCCCCUUCUGCUGCCCUCUCUGCUGGUCUACAUUGAGGCCCAGGACUACAUUCCCAACGAGCAUCAAGAGUAUGCGGAGGCGCUGACCAACCCCAUCAAGCACGUCUCUCUGCUGGACCAGAGGGACCGGCAGCUGGCUGUGCUCAUGGAAGACAGUAGCGAGCACAUCACGGAGACGCAGGAGCAGGAGUUGGUGGACCCUGGACGGCUCUCUGAGCCCAACCCCAUGCCAUCCUCGCCCAUCCUCCCAGAACUCCCAGACAUGCCCAUCUCCUCACCAGGCCAAAAAGAAACAUCGCAGUCUUUCAUCGACGCUGUACUGACAGUGAUUAAGGCCCAGUGCAUAGAUGAGCUGAAGCAGCAGAAGGCCUACGUGAAGCUGCUGAGGAAACAGUGCAAAGAGCUGAAGGAGCUGCGCAAGAAACACCUCCGCAAGGUGUGGUCGGUGAGUAAGGAGCAGAAGAGUCGCUGUAACAAGGUGACCUCGGACAUCCAGCGGCGGCGCAGCCAGGCCGAGAAGAAACUCCGCCUCAGCAUCAAGAAGAAUGAGCCGGAGGAGCCGGUGCGUACGGAGCUGAGUGCCCUGCAGGUGGAGCAGGAGAAGGCCAGCGUGCAGCUCAGGGAGUGGCAGAUGCAGGAGCUACUGGGCCUCAGGCAGGCACAACACCAGCUGGAGAGGGAGAGGAAAUACACACACCUCAAAGAGUCUUACCAGAAGCUCAGAGAAAUCGCCAUCGACUGCCAAGCAUCUCAGCUGAAGAAGCUUAAAGAGACCUGUGAAAAGGAGAAGAGGGAGCUACAGAAGAUGCUGGACAGGAAGAGGCAGAACAGCAUCAUUGAGGCCAAGAAGGGAGAUCGCGAGAAGGCCGAGUCGGACCUGACUGAUAUCAAUAAGAAGCACAUCCAGGAGUCAGUCAACCUCAUUCGCAGAUUGGAAGAGCAGCAGACCAAGAGGCAGGAGAAGUUGAAGCUGGGUCAGGUGGAGGUCCUGAAGAGCAUUGAUGCCGAUCAACCAGUGCACCAGGCGCGACUGGAGCGCGACCUGGAGGCGGAGCUGCAGCGGCUGCCGGACGAGAUCUGCCAGUACCUGCAGGGGGAGCUGGAGAGCAAGGGCCUGUGCAACGACGCCCUCUUCAGCCCCAGCCCGCGGGCCAAUCACAGCAGCCCGCACCACCACUACCGCCCGGGCUCCGGCCCGCCAUCCAAUUGCAGCACGCCGCCCUCCUACCCCUCGCCCAACCACAGCAGCCACGGCAGCCACAGCCUGGACAAUAGCACCGCCUCACUGGCAGACUCCUCCCUCUCCAACACGCCCGUCAUGUCAGAGGCGGAGCUUACAGCAAUAUGACAAAAUAGGCAUUACGACACAUUUUGUUUGUUUUUUUUUAUUUUAAUUUUAUGGAAAAAAAGAAUAUCUGUUGGUUGGAUUUUAAAGGAGAUCCCUCUCAUUGAUUUUUU